UCAGUUUGUACCUUAGGAGCCAACGAGAAGCUUGGCUUCCUUAUCAAGCUUUUAACUUUAAGAACAAACAAAAAACGUUACAAAACGAAAACUUAUUGAAAAUAAUAUACCGUGUAAUUUAUGGAAUAAAUAGUGAAUUAAUUAAGAAAUAUUUAAUAAAAAAGUGUUUUUUACUAGUGCUUCGUUUUUUCAUUAACAUUAACAGAUAAAGAAACGAAAAUCGUGCAAAUUGUAAAAAAAUACAGAAAAACAGAAAAUUUUGUAUAUUGUUGUAAAAAAACAUAUAUAACGAGCAUAUAAAUUUAAAUUGCAAAAAGAAUUAGUGUUAUUCUUGAAAAUAAUUUAAGUGUAACUUUUUGCAAGUAAUUUUACUAUUGGAGUUUAAUUUAUCAAGUUAUUUAAGAAGUUCAUCAAAAUGCUACCGGUGCUCUCCAAACUAAGCGGCUAUUACAGCGCCUACGUCUUGGGUGUUUUGACCAUUGGCUAUAUUCUCGGUGAAUUGGGUCAUUAUCUGAUUGGUGUCACCUCCAAGCAAACAGCCAUUGAAUUGGAAUAUGGUGAUAUAUCAUGCCAGCAGAAUAGUACCAUGUUUUCGAGAGCAGAAGUACCUGAACAAUGCUCAGCAAUUAAAGAAGAAGCUAGCUGUCAUGCGUUGGAUCAUAAUGGAACAACUUAUUGUGAGUGGAAUCGCAAUGGCCUGGGAAUUGAAUAUCAGAUAUUGGCUGGACCAACAUUUAUUUUGGUCUUUACCAUUGCUGGUGUUUUUAUGGGUCUUGCAGCUGAUCGAUAUAAUCGUGUAAAAAUGUUGACCAUCUGCACUUUGAUAUUUGCUGUGGCUAUCAUUUUACAAGGAACUGUAAAGGAGUAUUGGCAAUUGGUGCUACUGAGAAUGAUAAUGGCUGCUGGUGAAUCCGGCUGCAAUCCCUUGGCCACUGGCAUUAUGUCCGACAUCUUCCCCGAGGACAAGAGAGCUUUGGUCAUGGCCAUCUUCAACUGGGGCAUUUAUGGAGGCUAUGGUAUUGCUUUCCCUGUCGGCCGUUACAUAACUCAAGCCAACUUCUUCAAUUUGGGCUGGCGUGUAUGCUAUUUGGGUGCUGGUGCCUUAGCUGUUGUAAUCGCUGCCUUGACCGGUGUCACUCUGAAGGAACCCGAAAGAAAAUCAAUCUCUGAUGAUUCCAUGACAACCAAAGAUGGAAAGAAGGCCAAUUUGUGGUCAGUUUUGAAAAAUCCUGCCAUGAUCAUGUUGAUGAUUGCUGCCUCGAUCAGACAUUGUGGCGGCAUGACAUUUGCCUAUAAUGCCGAUUUGUACUAUAAUCAGUAUUUCCCUGAAACCGAUUUGGGUUGGUGGCUCUUUGCCGUCACCAUUGGUAUUGGCAGUGUUGGUGUGGUGGUUGGAGGUGUGGUGUCUGAUAAGAUUGUUGCCAAAAUGGGUAUUCGUUCGAGGGCAUUUGUAUUGGCCAUCAGUCAGUUGAUUGCCACCUUGCCAGCAUUUGGCUCGGUCUUCUUCGAACCAUUGUGGGCCAUGAUCACUUUAGGAGGUUCUUAUUUCUUUGCUGAAAUGUGGUUUGGAAUUGUCUUUGCCAUUGUUGUGGAAAUUGUGCCAUUGCAUGUGCGUUCAUCAACCAUUGGUGUCUUUUUGUUUGUCAUGAACAACAUUGGUGGCAACUUGCCCAUCUUGGUUGAUCCCGUGGCAAAGGCCAUUGGCUAUCGUGAAUCCAUUAUGAUAUUCUAUGCUGGCAUGUAUGGCAUAAGUUCCAUUCUCUUCCUUAUCACCUGUUUCAUGUUGGAGGGCAAAGCCAAAACCAAUGAUGCCGAAAAGGCCGAGAACGGUGGCAUAGAAGCUCACACCCGCCACAUCCAAGGCCAUGACAAUUCUGUUUUCUCUGCCGAUGAGCCUCCAGCGUAUAAUGGCAUCAACAAAAAGCCCUCAGCGCUUACGAAUAAUUUGCAAAAUACUCCAGGAUACAAAGCUCAAAUUCAUGAGAGUAGUAGACUGUAGUUUUUUAACAAAAUUAUUACCAUUGUUUGCCUUUAUUCCAAAUUGUUGUAGUUCUUAAGCUCAUUCGCCAUUGUUCAGUACUCAUACCUAGCCUUAGUUCAAAAUUAAUCGAAUUUUCUCGCAUAUCCCUCUCUUCAGAAUCCUUUCCAUUUCCAUUCUCAUCCAUCUAACAAGUAUUACUUGUCACUUAAUGUAACCUUAGUCACUAGAAAUGUUUAAUGUAUAUGUACUUAGGAUUGAUUCUCUGCUGGUUUAUACAGAGAAGAGAAAAACUCAGUUUGUUUAAAAUGUGUUAUUAAACAAUUAUCAAUAAGUUUUGUAAAUAAAUAACGAAUCACUAAAA